AUGGAUGAUAACUCUACACUGGAUUAUGUCUACAAGCGUCGAAAAAUCGAAGAUACCUCUGCCCAGCUAGGUGCAGACGAAGGCACAUAUAAAAAGAGACUUAGAUUGAAUGAUGAUAACGAUUGCGAGCAUAGACAUAAACGUCAAAAACCGGAAAGCCCUACCGCUUGUAUAACGUCUCAUGCCUCCUCCUCCUCCUCCUCCUCCUCCUUACAACAACUUGAAGGCGAGAACGUCGCUGAGGAUGGGACAGUCUACAUUUUGGGAGUUGGAUCAGUCAGGCAAACCGCGCUCUCUUAUCACUUGAACCUCGGCCUGAGAAGCCAGUGA